AUGGGAGCAAUCAUCAUUAGACCCAGAUAUGCCCGAGUGCCUUCAGAGGGCGUUACCCCCUCUGUUGACUCGGAACCCCCUGAGCUGUCAGCUAUCCCUUCGGUGUAUCAGGAUCUUUGUGAGGCCUUUAGCAAGAAGCAGGCUCUUUCAUUACCCCCGCACCGGCCCUAUGACUGUGCCAUCAACCUGCUGCUUGCCGGUGAGCCUCUGGCCCUGCAAUCGGGAGGGGAUGUUGUGAUCGGAGGGCUUUUCCCUCUGCAUUAUGUGGCUCCUAAGCAACAGCAAAGUUACCACAGAAAACCUCAGCACACACCUUGCAGAGGCUUUGACCACAGAGCCUUCCGCUGGAUAAUGACCAUGGUGUUUGCAGUGGAGGAAAUAAACCGUAAUUUGAGCCUGUUACCAGGGGUUCAUUUAGGCUAUAGGAUUAUGGACAGCUGUGACCAUGUCCACACCGGCCUGAAAGCUCUUUUGUCUUUAGUCAGUCCAUCUAAAGCUGAAAAUGAAACAGGGGAGACAAUAGAUAGGAGUACACCGUCUCAAACUUUGCCCACAUGUCUGGCUGACUCUCCUGUGCCGGCUGUGAUUGGCCUUGCAUCCUCUUCCCCUACAAGAGCUGUAGCUCACACCCUUGGCCCUUUUAACUUCCCACUGGUGAGUUAUUUUGCCACUUGUACCUGUCUCACUGACAAGUCUAAGUACCCAUCAUUCUUGCGGACUGUGCCGAGUGAUCUCUUUCAAGUUAGAGGUCUUGUUCAGAUGGUCACCUACUUAGGCUGGUUCUGGGUGGGCACAAUAGGGACCACGGAUGACUACAGUCACUAUGCUAUCCAAGAAUUUUCCAGCCAGUUUAGACAACAAGGUGGGUGUCUGGCAUUUCAUCUAACCAUCCCGAAAUUACCCACAGCGGCAGAGAUACAAGAAAUAGCAGACAGGAUACAGAGUUCAACCGCAGUGGUAGUGGUGGUGUUUGCUAGAGAGGGACAGCUGCUGGACUUGAUCUUAGAGGGCACGCUGGGCUUCUCCUUCCCCGGAGUCAGGAUCCCAGGCUUGAAAGAGUUCUUGUUGAAUAUCCGCCCUUCUCCAAAACCUGGGAUGGCAUUUGUCAACAUGUUCUGGGAAGAGCUGUUUAGAUGCAGGCUAGAGUUUAAAGGAAACCAAUCAGCUGAUGCAAAACUAAAAGGUGCUGCUGAAAAGCCUGUAUGCACUGGUUCAGAGGAUGUGAAGGACAUUGACAGCAGCUUUACUGAUGUAUCUCAGGUCAGAGUAUCCUAUAAUGUUUAUAAAGCUGUAUAUGCCAUCGCCCAUGCUCUUCACACUUUAUUAAACUGUGAUUCUGGAGAACAUUACGGAAGGUGUGAGAAUCGUAAAACAUUCACUUCUAGGCAGUUGCUGCAACAUCUGAAGAAAGUGAAUUUCACCAACCAGUUUGAGGAGAAGAUUUCUUUUGACUCCAACGGAGAGCCGGUCCCUCUCUAUGACAUCAUUAACUGGCAGAAGGACAGCAAGGGAGAAAUUAGAUUUAUAAAAGUGGGAAGCUAUGAUGGUUUCGCUCCAUUAAAAGAACAGUUGCAGAUAAAGCAGAGCACCAUUGUGUGGACAAGUGGACAGUCAGAGGUGCCUGCAUCUCAGUGUAGUUCUCCAUGCUCCCCUGGCAGCAGACAGGCCAGACGUCCAGGAGAGCCCCACUGCUGCUUUGAUUGUUUGCCCUGUGCAGAUGGAGAGAUCAGCAACCAGACUGGUUCCACUGAGUGCACAAAAUGUGCUGAAUACUACUGGUCAGACAGAGACCAGGUGAAAUGUGUGGCUGGGGUCGAAGAAUUCCUGUCUUUCCACGACAUCAUGGGCAUCAUCCUGGUCACACUCACACUGCUGGGUGUUGUCCUGACAACCAUCGUCACUGCUGUCUUUCAACGUUUCCGUUCCACACCGAUCGUCAAAGCCAACAACGCAGAAAUAAGCUUCCUGCUUCUCCUGUCGCUCAAGCUGUGCUUCUUGUGUUCCUGGUGUUCAAUUGGCCAGCCAUCUGUGUGGACAUGUAGGCUCCGCCAGGCAUUAUUCGGGGUUAGCUUUGUCCUCUGUCUUUCCUGCCUCCUCGUUAAGACCAUAGUUGUUCUCUUGGCUUAUGCUAAUGCACCUGGUUCGAGGGCCCUGAAGCAGUUUGGUCUCUCUCAACAGCGGACCUUGAUCCUCUGUACUACAGCUCCUCAGAUUAUUCUCUGUGCCGUUUGUCUUUUGGGUGCACCUCCUUUCCCCAUUCAAGAACCCAAACUACCAUGCCUUCAACUGGAAAAGAGCCAUGGCCCUCCUGGAUUUUAUCUGGUCCUGGGCUACAUUGGUCUACUGGCCUUCGUCUGCCUCAUCCUGGCGUUCCUUGGACGCAAGCUACCCGAUACCUUCAAUGAGGCAAAGCUCAUCACCUUCAGCAUGCUGAUCUUGGCUGUUUGGAUCUCUUUCAUCCCAGCUUAUGUCAGCUCUCCUGGAAAGUUCACUGUGGCUGUGGAAGUAUUUGCUAUAUUAGCCUCCAGUUUUGGACUGUUACUAUGUAUUUUUGUGCCAAAAUGUUAUAUAAUAUUACUGCGGCCUCAAAGAAACAUUAAGAAAGGGAUGACGAGAAAAUAUCUCACAUGA